CGUAGAGAUUGAGUUUAGUUAAAAGACGGCAAAUGUGUAAAUUAUUACGAAUCCUCGCCAUCCGUCCCACCAGAAAAAGUAUCGUCGGCGAUUCUUGCGGACGCGGUUCAUGCGGACCGUGAGAACAGCCAGGGUGGUUAAAGCGACGGCGGGAGCGUGCACGGUACUCGCCAGCCAUUUCUAAACAGUUGGCAGGAUUUGUGCGUGUGGUGUGCGGUGAUUUUGCCGAUCGCGUCCAUUGGUUCAAGAAUCCCUUUGUCCCUGGGUGUGAGUGUCACAAGGAGAGGAGUGUAGCUGCCAGGAAGGUGACGUACGACUUAGCCACCGGUUGUUUGGGAAGUACAAGGAAGUUUACGACCGCCGCCCCAUCGUCGAAGCAUUGCGUGGAGGGCCGUGUCAGCCCACCCCAGGAAGCCCCCAUCAUCGCCAUGAAGCUCGUCGACCACGUGGUGAGGAGCUUCAAGGUUGCCAAGGUCUUCCGCGAGAACACCGACCGGAUAAACAGCAUCGAUUUCUCACCUAGUGGGGAUACGCUGAUCUCAUGCUCAGAGGAUGAUCAGAUCGUUAUCUACGAUUGCGAGAAGGGUACCCAAGUUCGCACCGUCAACUCCAAGAAGUACGGGGUCGAUCUGAUACAUUUUACCCACGCUAAGCAUACUGCUAUACACAGCAGCACGAAGGUUGAUGACACCAUUCGUUACUUGAGCCUCCACGAUAACAAAUAUAUCAGAUACUUUCCUGGCCAUACAAAGAAAGUUGUGUCUCUUUGUAUCAGUCCUAUUGAGGAUACUUUCCUGUCAGGAUCCUUGGACAAAUCCCUACGAUUGUGGGAUCUACGUUCACCUAACUGUCAUGGAGUAAUGAAUGUUUCUGGACGUCCAGUCGCUGCUUAUGAUCCAGAAGGCCUCAUCUUUGCUGCUGGUGUUAAUUCAGAGUGUAUAAAACUAUACGAUCUCAGGAGCUUUGACAAAGGACCUUUUGUUACGUUCAAGCUCUCUCAGGAGAAGGAGUGUGAUUGGACAGGAUUGAAGUUCAGUCGAGAUGGCAAGACUAUUUUGAUAUCUACAAACGGUAGCAUAAUACGACUCAUCGAUGCCUUCCAUGGCACACCAUUACAGACCUUUGCUGGAUAUCUAAAUAACAAAGGUAUUGCAAUCGAAGCUAGUUUCAGUCCAGACUCUCAGUUUGUGUUCAGUGGAUCCACUGAUGGAAGAGUACAUGUAUGGAAUGCGGACACAGGGUAUAAAGUGUGUGUAUUAAAUGGCGAUCAUCCAGCACCCGUACAGUGUAUCCAAUUCAAUCCAAAGUACAUGAUGCUAGCAUCUGCUUGUACAAACAUGGCAUUUUGGUUGCCCACUGUAGAAGACACUGCGUAAAUAGUCAUCGAGGUAUCAAGAACAUUCUUAUACAUCAAGUGAUAUCAUCGAUUCACACAACAAGCAAAAGGAUUGUCGAAAAAGUAUGAAAAGAAUAAGGAAAACAGCACAGCAACCGGUAUUUUGGUCCGGAAUAAAACUGCAUUUAAAAAGUCCAUACGCAAUUAAAAAAAUAGACGUAUGAGACGUAAACGUGUAUCUACAAGAUAACGAAGAGGAUCUCCAAAAAGAUACCGAGAGUCUCAUAUCCGGUAACAUUAGUUCAACGAUAUUCGACCCAGUUCGACCUGCCUACCUGUAUCUCGUAUUCCUGACACUCCGAGGAUAUACUUUUUCAAGAAACUAUGUAGUGUAGUUUAUGGCGCGAUGAACGCGUCCAUCACAUCGGUAUCCGUACUGUCAGCUACAGAUGGUGGUCGUGGGGAAGCGCCUCGCGCUGCAUAGAAAAGAAAGGAAAAGGAAAAUAAUAAUAAGUAUAUAGUUAAGCAUUCGGAUGUGUCGUCCCUUGUACAUAGUCUCCUCCUGUACCUGUAUUUAGCAUUAUAGUUAUAGCGCUAUCGUGUUUUACGUUGCAUCUUCAGGAAAUCUGUCACCGACUAUUAAUUUCUACAUUUAUUACUACAAGCAUCCUGUUCUACGCUUCUAUUCAAGAAAACCUCUACACAUAUUUGUCUCUCUUAUUGCUACUGUGAACUUUACUCAAGAAUGAGAAAUCAGAUCACCGGAGCCAGGACUGUUAGCAGGUCGUCAUGAUAAUGUGCUAUACCGCUGCAGAUUUUUCUCGUUGAUACAACAAGAUCCAUACUUCAUCCCAGGAUGCUAUCUGCUUCAAAAGCGACAAGAAUAACCUUCAAGAUUCGUUCGAUCAUGCCCAAGUGUCCUGAGUAUCUUACAACAAUGAAACUUGUCAUCGAAGACACAUAGAAAUAUAAAACAAGCAUACCUCUGUCUUCUUCAUCUGAGACUCAUCACCUGGACAAAGAUAUCAUCACCAAGAUACAUAACCAGGAUUAUACCAACAAAAGCAAAGGUAUUCCUCCUUCACAUAUGUAGUAUACGAUCAUAAUACUACUUGAACCUACACCCAGGGCCAUCCUCGACUAGUGUCUCCAAGGUGAUGCCAAUUCUCAAUGCAUAAUAAAAUAGAUUGAUACAUGCUUUAGCAUGAUCCUAUUUCAUACGAGCAGUUUACUAUUGUAAUGCUACUUGAAUCUACAGCCAGGACCAUACACGAUUAUCAUCUUCAACGUGAUGUCAAUUCUCAGUGGAUCAAAUCAGCUUUCAUCCUGACACGUACAGGUACAACAGGACCCUCUCAACCAGCAGCAACUCCAACAAAAAUCAAAUCUACUAACUUAACAAGAAACCAUAAAAAGCAAUGUCUGCCUAUUCGCAGAACUUCAAAAGGAUCCUAAGAAGAAGUAAUAUUUAUUCUCUUCACGACGCCAAAGAACACAGCGGAUAGCAAACGUCUACGUCUUGAGGCGUCCACUAUUCAAGAAUUAUCAUCGUUCUUCGUACGUGAAACUAACCGGAUGGGAGCGAUUCAAGGUUCACUAUUAUUUGUACGAUACCACGUAGCAUAAUAAUUAAUUAGCGCCAUAGUUCAGUGGUUUUCAAACUACUUAACCACCAAUCAGUUUUUGCUAUAUCAAACAUUAAACGUGAGUAUAGUUGUCCACGUAUAUAUAUAUUAUAUAUACACAAACCCUGACUCGAGUCAUCGUCAAACUCCAAAGCAAGACGACGCAAUCGACAAUGACAAUGAUUAUUAAAAGAAAAAACAAGAAACUAGACACAUUUUAAGGAUUUAAUAACAAAUUAAAAGCGUAUUUCUACAAACAGGAUACGCGAAAGGAUUCUGUCUCCUCGGCAGAUGAUAAAUAUUAGAAAUGUAUAUUGUUCUUUCCUAUGCGAUUCUUUUUUCUUUUUUUUUUCUUAAUUAAUAAUUUGUAUGCGUCUUAUAUAUCUGUAUGAGAGUAACUGUGUCUGUAUGGAUGAAUCUGUGAGUGCACGUGUUGCCGCGUAUAUAUGUCGGCCAGUUUGGAAACCGCUGCCGUAAUCUUAAAACCGUUCAUGCAGCCUACUCCAUUAUUUGUGUAAAUACGAUACACCAUUAUUUCCAUUAGAGUUUUAACGUUAAUGUUAAUUUUAUAUAAGAACGACACCGAUUAUUUCUCUUCGAUCGAAUAUGCGUAGCGUGUUUCCGUUAUCCGUAAUAUAACAAAAAUUAUUUCGCGUGAGUCUACGUGGCUGCGUGAGGAACGAUUAUUAACAGAUUAUGCGUGUGCUUGCGAGAAUGGUCUCUGUAAAAUAGUAUUUUUAUAAUGGCAGAAUGUGUAUGUAACAGAUUAUAAACGUUCCUUCAGGA